AUGGCCGAGAAAAAGGCGGACGCCCCGGCAGCUGGCAUGCUCUGGGGGGGCAGGUUCACAGGUGCGAUUGAUCCUCUCAUGCUUAAGUACAAUGCCUCCAUCCAGUACGACAAGGCUCUUUACAAAGAAGAUAUCCUUGGAUCGAUUGCUUUUGCCAGGGCCAACUCAAAGGCUGGCAUCAUCAGCGAAGACGAAUUUCAGGCGAUUGAGCGUGGUUUGCUCCAAGUGAUGGAAGAAUGGAAGCAGGGAACUUUCGCUAUCAUGCCGAAUGACGAAGAUAUUCAUACAGCAAACGAACGUCGCUUAGGAGAGGUCAUCGGCAAGGACAUCGCGGGUAAGCUGCACACAGGCCGCAGCCGCAACGAGCAAGUUGUCUGUGAUAUGCGCAUGUGGCUACGCGAUCGGAUCCGCGAAAUCGACAGCCAACUCGUUGCAUUCCUCAUAACCCUACUCACACGUGCCGAGUCUGAAAUCGACUACAUCAUGCCUGGAUACACCCACCUCCAACGCGCGCAGCCCGUGCGAUGGGCCCAAUGGCUGAUGUCACAUGCCGCUGCGUUCAAGCAGGAUCUCGAGCGGUUGCGCCAAGUUUUCGAAAGGGUCAAUCUAACUGAGGAGCUUGGUUUUAGUGGAAUAACCUUGAACUCCAUGAAUACUUCGGCCGACCGCGAUUUCCUACUCGACUUCCUGGUCUGGAAUUCGAUUUUCACCAACCACGUCAGCAGGUGGGCUGAGGACCUCAUCAUAUAUUCGACAUCUGAGUUCGGUUUCGUGCGGCUGGCCGACGCCUAUUAUCUCCAGGAAGGGUGGGGGCCUAUGCUGGAUUCGGUUCAGACUGUGUCGGAUAGUCUAGGCAUAGCCAAUGGGGUCAUUGCUACCUUGAAGGUGCGGCCAGAGCGGAUGGAGGCUGCUCUGGACAAAACGAUGCUAGCCACUGAUGUCGCAGAGUGGUUGGUGAGGAAGGGAUGUCCGUUCAGAGAGGCUCACCACAUCGCUGGACGCGUCGUUGCGCAGUCUGAAAAGCUGGAAGUUCCGAUGGACAAGCUGACCCUUGAGCAACUGGAAGCUAUUGAUUCUCGGUUCACAGCAGACAUUGCGGAGGCAUUCGAAUAUGAAACAAGUGUCGAGGCGAAAACGUCUAAAGGCGGUACCAGUCGAUCAAGCGUGCUGGAGCAGAUCCAGGUACUCAGGGCUAUAUUAGAUUAG